UAUGAUUAAAAAUUUGUUGUGAUUAGUCCAUAGUGAUGAAGUCAAGUGUCCCAAGUACGGCAGGUCAGCCUAACACCAUUAUGAUCCAGCUGGUUUCCCAGCAGCCGGACUCCAGUGGACAGAUACAGGCAAUGCCCAUUGCAUGUCAAGCAAUUCCGCUGUUUCCCAGGCCUAAAACGAACAAUGAACCACCUCGUCGAUCGGUUUCACAGAAUAUGAUGGCUCCGUCAAAGGAUCCUAACCGAGGGCAUUCCAGAAACCCUGUCGAGAUCUGUGCUCCACCAAAACCUUGGCAUAACCAGUUCAGAUGCUCUCGCCAUCGUCACUCCCCCGGUGGUAUUAACCAACCGCCACCAGUGUACUACGUUCUCCGUCCAGAAGAUAGGAUUUUGCCCAUAUACAUUCCACCGCCUUGCACUACCAGCAAUCGGUUCAGCAAUAUGCGGGAUAAACCGAUGGAUAGGGAAUGCCCUUGUUGUGGCCGUGACAGGUCGUUGAUUCCGAAGAAGAAGACUCUGAAUGAGCAGGCACCGCAGGGUCCCUUAAAAGAGGACAUUCCGAAGGAAUCGCCUGCACACCGACAUCAAGGCACAAACACCAUUGACCUGCCGAAUCUUGGGGAGCUUAAGAUGAUCUGCGAAACUCUGGGACGUGUUAUGGUUACAGCGGCUAUGGAGGCAGCCCAGAGAUCUCAACUGAAAGGAUCCUCCAGUUUAAAUAAUGCUGCAGAACCAAAGGACCUGUCAAAUAUUUUAUUAAAAAUACUCGCCCAACUGAGUCCCCAGGAGCACAUUAAGUCUAAAACGGCUGAGCAUAGUCCAUCAGUAGACGAGGCAGGAAGUUCUGACGAUCAAUCAGGAUUUAACAAGCGAAAAGCUAGCUUUUCAAAAACGAUCAGAUCUUCAACAAUUAUCUCUUCGGACUUAGCUGUUCGUGAAGAGGUAUUUGUUGAAGAUACGCUUCCAUUUGUAUCUGAAAGUCAGUCUCACGUGGAAUAUCCCAAAACACCUAGACCAACUCCAGAAAUUGCACGUGGGUUUGGAUUUAGCCCUUCAGCUAAGUCGUCAGACACUCUCUGACUCUGAUUCUGUUCUCUUAAACAUUAAAGCUCAUUGAUAUAACCCUGUAUUCGAAUAAGCCGACUUUAGUUAACCAAUUAAAAUAAAUAAUAGGUAUAAUAAUAAUCUUUAUAAACUUCUAAGAUCUAUAUACCCGACGCUUCAACAGCUAGAACUAUGGUUGCCUUAUUUGUAAAAAUAUAUUGAAUGUUUCAAAGU